AUGCCAAACUUCACUAGAAUAACAGAGUUUAUCCUUUCGGGAUUUUCAGACACCCAAGAGCUACAGACUCUCUGUGGAAUGUUCUUCUUGGUAAUGUACCUAGAAGUCCUGAUGAGUAACUUCCUCAUCAUCAUUCUCAUCACCCUGGAUCUGAAACUCCAAACACCCAUGUACUUCUUCCUGAAGAAUUUGUCCCUCUUUGACAUCUUCCUUGUUUCUGUUCCAAUUCCAAACUUUUUUUUCAACAGCCUAACUCACAGAAAUUCCAUUUCCAUGCUGGGUUGUGCCUUUCAGAUACUUUUCAUGACUUCCUUUUCAGCAAGUGAGACACUUGUCCUGACUGCCAUGUCCUAUGACCGCUAUGUUGCCAUUUGCUGUCCCCUGCACUAUGAAUUAAUUAUGAGUAGUAGAACCUGUGUGCUGAUGAUGUGUGUUUCCUGGGCUACUGGGCUACUAAUAGGAAACCUACACACAGCUGGCUCAUUUUCAAUGAAUUUCUGUGGCUCCAAUGUGAUCCUACAGUUUUUCUGUGAUGUUCCCUCCUUGUUAAGGAUUUCCUGCUCUAAAACACUUGUAAUCACUUACACAAGUCUUGGGCUUGGUAUGUGCAUAGGCAUGUUUUGCUUUAUUUGUGUGAUGAUCUCUUACUUUUACAUUUUCUCCACUGUGAUGAAGAUUUCCACCACUAAAAGCCAGUCUAAAGCAUUUUCCACAUGCAUCCCCCACCUCACUGUGUUCACUAUUUUCAUUGCUACUGCUUGUUUUGUUUAUCUGAAGCCUCCAUCAAAAACACCAUCAGUUGCAGACAAACUGUUUUCUGUGCUCUACACUGUGUUGCCUCCAGCACUUAAUCCUGUGAUAUACAGCCUGAGGAACAAUGACAUCAAGUAUGCUCUGAGGAGAUUACAGCAAAAUCUCUGUUCAAGAGGUUCACUUCAUUUAACACUUCAAAGAAUCUGUUAG